AUGUCAGAAGAAGUGGACAUUCCGUUUAAAUUUGUUGGAACAGGAGUCCUGACUAAAUUAGCCAAUAAGCUGGAUCCAUUAAAUCAUGUGACUGGCAAUGACUGGAGACUAUUGGCUGAAAAAUUGGGAUAUUCUCAAGACGAGAUCCAGGUGAUAGAAGAGCAGAAGCACCUGGAUGGAAGAAGUACAAUUAAAUUAUUAAAUAAUUAUAUUAAAAAACCUGGAAACAGUGUGGAAAAAGUUCUGAAAGCUUUACAGGAGAUGCCACGAAUUGACGCCCAUACAAUUCUACUAGAGGCUGUACCUAAAAUCCAAGAAUUUGCUCGACAGAGACAGGAAGAAGAAGAGAGAGGGGAGGAGAACAGUUUUAGUCCCUUUACCCCGUCUGAUUAUUACCGGUCACAUCCCUGGGCAUGGCCCAUGAUGACCCACAUGCCUCCAAUGGCCCAUAUGCCCUCUAUGUCCCCUUAUUUCAUGUCUCAUUCUGGAAUUCCAUUUGACUCGCCGUAUACUGCUCACGGAUCCCCUUUACAUCAUCCGCGUGCUCCAAAAAAUCCUAAAGUAUGUCACCAUCCUGACUCUAGCAACCAGUGCUGUAGUCCCCACUGUUACACUCGUUCUUAUUCACAUAAUGGCUUCGUGGGAAUGCCUCCUCCACCAAUACGUAAUGGUCACCCUGUAUUAUCCCCCCCUUCUCCCGUUUACAAUGUGAACAAUGGAUACCCAGAAAUUCCAGGGCGUGAAUAUCACAGUCUGGAAGUUAAUCAUUCCAUGUAUCCGGAUCGUCAAGUCAGUCGAGAGAUUUCAGAUCCUGGUCAUCAUUUUCAGGAAGAUCCAGCACCAUUAGCGAGAACCAUCUUCAAAAAUCAAGGUCAUCCAUUAUUAUCGACCAAUACACGACCAGUACGCAGCCAAUCAGCAGAGUACAAUGGUGACAUCUCGGAUGAUGACUCGUUAUCAACUGGAUCAAAUCCUGCAUCGCCCAAUAAUAAUCGUCGACAUGGUCAUGUGACUUAUGAUGUCAGAAAUGACAUAUCAGACGACAUUAGAAUUAACGGAGUUGAAGUCAACAGAAAUGAUGUGAAUGAUAUUGGAAGAGUUCGUAAAGACGUACCCCGUGAACUGACGGAAAGAAAAAUUGACAACAAGAAAAAUGGAGAAUCAUCAUCUGGGUCAGGAGGAGAGGGAAAUGCCAACAAAAUGGACUCGAAGGAAAGAAAUAUUCUGAGAAUGAAAUCCAUGUCAACUGGCCACCAGAUGAGUAACGCCAAUGGUAAUGUAGAACAUUUAGAAAAUAUGAUGAAAAAAUCUCUUUCAUUACCAAACAAUAUGAAACCUGCUGAAUUCAGAAGAGUUUUUAAUAUUAAAGUGUUUGUGACAUACUCAAAUGAUUCUGAUAAACACAUGCAGAGAGUUUUAAAUCUGUGUAAAUGUUUGGAGAAAAAUAAAUUUUUCUGUUUUGUCGACAUGGUGUAUAAAGAAAACGGUAAAAAAGAUAAUUUAGAGGAUAUAAGAAGAAAAUUUGAGGAGGCUGAUUUUGUGUUAGUUUGUUCAUCAAAAAAAUAUAAAGAAAAUAUCAACGCCAAGAUAAACACUGACGGCUUACAUACCAAGUUCAUUUAUGAAUUGAUUUAUGACGAGUUUAAAGAGAAAGGAAAUCAUCGCUGUGUUCCAGUAAUUCUUGACGGCACGUCUCAAAGCGAUAUACCAACCUGGUUACAGAGUAGCAUGAAAUAUAUCUGGCCCUCACAGUAUAAAGACUUGCUUUUCAUGUUGACUAAACCUGAACAACGCAUUACUCAACAUUGUGCUCGAAAAUAG